GAACUCGUCAUUUCCGGGUAUGCGGGAAGCUAUGAAACACAGAACACUCGUCCACUGUGUUAUCUGACGAUGUCCCGCAUUGUGAACGGUAUCGUGGCCGUGUGUCCUGACCUGGGUAUCGGGAACAAUGGAAACCUGCCCUGGCAUCCUGUCAGACUCAAUAAUGAAUUCAAACACUUCAGAACGAUGACAGCGACGCCAUCUGUGAAAGGCAAGCAGAAUGUGGUGAUCAUGGGCAGGAAGACGUGGUUUUCAAUCCCAGACAAGUUCAGACCUCUGAACAACAGGAUCAACAUCGUCCUCAGCAGGGAAUGCAAAGUCCCCCCUGCAGGAGCACACCACCUGGCGGCAGACUUCAGCUCAGCACUUAGUCUGGUCGACACAGAGCUGGCAGAUCAGGCUGAUCAGGUCUGGGUUAUAGGGGGCAGCUCUCUUUAUAAGGAGCUGAUGGAGACCACGAGGACCAGUAGACUGUUUGUCACACGAAUCCUGAAGCAGUUUGAGUGUGACACAUUCCUUCCUGAGAUCAGUCCAGACAAAUAUAGCCUGCUGCCAGCGUUUCCAGGAGUGCCACAGGAGCUGCAGGAGGAGAAUGGUAUCCAGUACAAAUUUGAAGUGUAUGAAAGCAUCAAGCAAUGACUCGGAAAGAUUGUGAUUUUGUAAAUGGCUACCAGAAUGAUAAUACUGGUGAUCUGUACAGUUCCAGGAUGUCAUACCAAUUUGCUUUCCCUCAGAGUUGAUGGUGUUGAAGGUAUUUGUAUCAUUCCAGGUUGUUUCUGUGUGACUGUUUAAGAGAUUAAAGAAAUCUUAUAUCUAUAAUGA